GCCUGGCGCGCGCAGGGCUCGCUGGGAAAGCGCGUCCCCGCCGCGGCUCCGCCAGUUUGAACUUGGCGGGCCAGAUGUGGGCGGCGGGGCGCUGGGGGCCUACUUUUCCCUCUUCCUACGCCGGUUUCUCUGCUGACUGCAGACCCAGGUCUUGGCCCUCCUCGGGCUCCUUUUCCGUCCCUAUGACGGGCGCACGUGGGCAGGGGCUGGACGUGGUGCGCUCACCGUCGCCGCCGCUGCCGCUGAGCUGCAGCAAUUCCACCAGGUCGCUGUUGUCUCCCCUUGGCCACCAGAGCUUCCAGUUUGACGAGGACGACGGUGACGGGGAGGAUGAGGAAGACGUGGACGAAGAUGCCCAUGAUUCAGAGGCCAAAGUGGCGAGCCUGAGAGGAAUGGAGUUACAGGGGUGCGCCAGCACUCAGGUUGAAUCAGAAGAUAACCAAGAAGAACAGAAACAGGUGCGCUUACCAGAAAGCCGCCUGACACCAUGGGAGGUGUGGUUUAUUGGCAAAGAAAAAGAAGAACGUGACCGGCUGCAACUGAAAGCUCUAGAGGAAUUAAAUCAACAACUAGAAAAAAGAAAAGAAAUGGAAGAACGUGAAAAAAGAAAGACAAUUGCUGAAGAAAAGCACAAGGAAUGGGUUCAGAAAAAGAAUGAGCAAAAAAGAAAAGAAAGAGAACAAAAAAUUAAUAAAGAAAUGGAGGAAAAAGCAGCAAAGGAACUGGAGAAAGAAUACUUGCAAGAAAAAGCAAAAGAAAAAUAUCAAGAAUGGUUAAAGAAAAAAAAUGCUGAAGAAUGUGAGAGGAAGAAGAAAGAAAAGGAAAAAGAAAAACAACAGCAAGCUGAAAUACAGGAGAAAAAGGAAAUAGCAGAAAAAAAGUUUCAGGAAUGGUUGGAAAAUGCGAAACAUAAACCUCGUCCAGCUGCAAAGAGCUAUGGUUAUGCCAAUGGAAAACUUACAGGUUUUUACAGUGGAAAUUCCUAUCCAGAACCAGCCUUUUAUAAUCCAAUUCCAUGGAAACCAAUUCAUAUGCCACCUCCCAAAGAAGCUAAGGAUCUAUCAGGAAGGAAGAGUAAAAGACCUGUGAUAAGUCAGCCACACAAAUCAUCAUCUCUGGUAAUUCAUAAAGCCAGAAGCAAUGUUUGCCUUGGAACUCUGUGCAGAAUACAAAGAUAGCAUAUGUGGAAAAUAACAUGCUUUUAUCUGGAGCUAUUUAAUUUAAAAAUCAGAAAUUUUUUUUUACUGCUCAGUCAAUAACUCAACACUUAAUGUGAUUAUUGACAAAUAGCAAUUUUUGCAUUUGUAUAUGGAGUCCUUAGAGUUGAGGAAGAUAUUUUCUGGAUUUUGGUUUUUAUAAACUUUUCCAGGUUGAUCUUGGCAUGUUGUUUUGCAGAAUAAGUGGCUGAAUAUGUAAGAAUUGUGUUUGUAUUUAGCUUGUAUUAAAAGUACACUGUAAUACCAAUAAAACUAACAAUUUUUCUUGUA